AUGGGAAACAGCAAUUCAAAUAGUCCAGUCCGCACACGUACCGGUGUUAUCAACUUUGACGAGUCUCCCGUGGUCAGGACAACCUUUAUUGUUAACAAAACGCAUGUCUCUCCCCUCUUUUCGACUCCAAAAACACAGUCUCCAAAGUCCGACAAAGAAGACGAUCUUGAUCUCGAGAUAUUUAAGCGCGAGGCGAAACUGAAGACUUCGCACUCUGCCAAUUUCACUAAGAAGUUUCAUAAGACGGAAAGACUCUGCCACUCCACUGAUAUCAAAGAGUCGAAAAAGAAAGAAAAGAAGUGUGAGAAGCUUCACAGACAAAAUAGUCAACUUGCUUGUAUGGACAAAGGUGUUACUGAUAACGUUUUAGUCUCUUUCUUAAUAGCAAAGACUAUGUGUGACAAGAUGGAAGCUAUAUAUAACAGUGAUAUGUCAGACUUUGAUCCGAGAGUCUUCCAAAGUAUGAUUACAUGUAAAGAUGAGUUGGUCUUCUUAGUUAUCACAGACACUCAGACUUUUGGCUUCUAUCAAAGAGACUUAGUUCCUAUUGCUUCUAAGACUACACAACUCACUGUAAACUCUGAAAGUUCAUUUUUGUUCUGUCAAAGAAACAACAUGCCAUCUCCUUUUGUCUUCCCAAGAAGAGGCGCUAAAAAGCCGUGUUUGUGUUUAUACCCAGAAACAAGUAACUCCGUCUUUGGAUGCGUUAAUGCAUUCUGGAUCGACAAAAACGGCUGCAUUUCAUUUUACCCUGACAUCAGAAAUAACUUCUUGAUGCCUUGCGCAACUCUCAAUCCAUUACUUAUGAACAUGAACGAUAAGUGCGUGUGCAAUAAGGUUAUUGUACUUCGUUGUUUAUAA